AUGGCUCCCAAGGCGAGAACGACUACGAAGCCCGGUGGCGACGACGACUACAUAUGCAAUUAUGACACCUCAGGCGGCUACCCUGAGCCGCGUGAAAUCGACCCGGUUACAAGGAAGCCGCUGCCUGCCAAGUCUCCUUGGAGCCCGGUUAGAAAGGCGGUGCGCUUGCCUAGAAAGACGGUGAUGUGGCCUUAUGACGACCGUCUUGCCCCUUCGCCUAAAAGAACGGCAAAGGCUGGUGGUGACGACGGCUACCUAGGCAGUUAUGACACCUCAGGCGGCUACCCUGAGCCCCGUGGAAUCGACCCGGUUACGAGGAAACCGCUUCCUGACAGGUAUCCUACGGGCGAUGCUCCGAGCAGGGCGGUGGUCUCGCCUUACGACGAACCAGCUCUUGCCCCAUCGUGCUUGUGGCCCAAUGGGAGUUCUUUGGACGAGAUUACUAUAUGCAAUGCGAGGCAGAAGCGGGCCACUAUCGAAGAGGUUCCUUCCGAACCAGAAGAUGAUCUCCUCGACGUCGAGACUUCCGGCGGUAUUGGGAGGCGGACACAGAUCUCGCUCCUGAAGGCUCAAGCUGAGGCAAUCUUCAUAGCCAGUGACACUCUGGGUGCACAUUACCCCGAUCUUGGCAAGGCGAUUAGUGAGUUGGUCCGACAAGUUGGGCGUGUUGAGGCUCUGGAGGGGAUCAAGUUGCGACGACGGAAUCGGCAGGCUCGAGAGGCGAGGCGUAUAGUGUCAAAGGCAACGGCUAUGGCGAACAGUCUCGGCAAAUCUGGUCCCGUCAAGAAGAGUACCAGCGCGGGUAAAGGGUCAAAGUCCACCAAGAAAGCGGCGUCAAAAGCAGCGAUCCAGGCCACAGGCAGGAGGACCCGGUCGAGCGCGGUGUAG